AUGGAGAGCACGUGCCGGGCAGGAGGCGGCGGGCAUCCGCCUUGGGCCAGCGCGGCCUCGAGGGGCCGGCCCCCGACGGGCGGGAGGAGGGGGCGAGAACGUUUGGGAUUGGCGGGGCGGGGCGGGGCGGGGCCGGGCCGGCCCAUUGGACGAAGCGGCGGCGCUGAAUUUCGAAAAGCCAAGCGUUCCGCGGGAAAAGAGCGGGGGCGGGGCGGGGCGGGGGGCCAAGGGAGGGGGGGCUCGCAAGGGUCUAACCGAAAGGGCAACAGACGGCUGAGCUCACAAUCCGGAGGCCGGGCCGCCCGCCCGCCCGCCCCGCGGCGCCAUGGACGGGGCCGGGUCGCCGCCCCCGCCGCCCCCGCCGCCCCCGCCGCAGCCCCCACAACCGCCCUGCCCCGGGCCAUCGGCUCCCCUCGGCCCCAAGCUGGCGCCGCCGCUCCCGGCCCCGCCGGCAGAGGGCGCGCCGCCGCCCCGCCCCCCCGACAGCGACCCGCGCCUCGAGGCGGGGACGACGGCCUCCCCGGGCCCCGGCUGCUGGUGCAGGUGAAGGCCGAGCAGCCCUCGCCCCUCCUUCUGCUGACCCCCUUCCAGGCCGGCCAAGAAGGGCUCGACCUCUUCUCGCCCUCACACCCUCCUGCCCUUUCCCCGUCGGUUCCUCCUCCUCCUCCCCCUCCUCCUCCUCCUCACCCCGCCGCGGCGCCUCCCAAGGUGCUGCGAGUGAAACCCGAGCAGCUCCUGUUCCUGCCCCCUCCGACGGUGCCCCUCGACGGCCGCGGGCCGGAGCCCCGGCCGCGGCCGAGAGCCGAGCGGCUGCUGAUCCUGCCCCCUCCGAUGGCGCCCCUCGACGGUCCCACCCGCGGGCCCGAGCCGCGGCGGCCGCACCCCCCGCCGCGGCCCUGCCGGGCGCCGCCGUCCGGAGGGACGGCGCCCGUGAAGGCGGAGGGGCCGGAGACGAGGUCGCCCGGGGCCGGGCCGGUCCCCGGGCCGGGGAGGUGCGAAGCCGCACCGAGAGGGCGCCGGCCGGACACCCCGGGUCCGGCCAGCGACGGCCGAGCCGGGGCAGAGGAGGCCGGGGCGGAGGGGAGCGGGCGGGGGGCGGCCCGGGGAAGCCGAGAUUGGAAGGCGCCGCGAGGGGCCGUCGUCAAAACGGAAGAGCCGGAGGGCUCGCACGAGGAACGCCGGCACGGCCCGGACGCCGCCCGGGUCGACCCUCCGGCCUCCGACGGCCCGCCCCGCGCCGACGGGGACGUCGGCCCCGGUCGGCCGGCCGGUGCCCCCGGGGUGCGGCCGCGGGAUCCGAGGAUCCCCUUGACCCUCCACGCGGUGACCCCCGGGGCCAGAAUCCAGUUCCGGGGGCCUCCGGCCCCCGAGCUGAUACGAUUGACUAAGGUGCCCGUGCCCGCCGUACCCAUCAAGAUGCAGUCCCUCCUGGAGCCUUCCGUAAAAAUCGAAACCAAAGACGUCCCGCUCACCGUGCUCCCUUCAGACGCAGGAAUACCCGACACACCCUUUAGUAAAGACAGAAAUGGUCACGUGAAGCGACCCAUGAACGCCUUCAUGGUCUGGGCGAGAAUCCAUCGGCCUGCAUUAGCCAAAGCGAACCCAGCAGCCAACAAUGCAGAGAUCAGUGUCCAGCUCGGAUUAGAGUGGAACAAACUUAGCGAAGAACAAAAGAAGCCCUAUUACGAUGAAGCGCAGAAGAUUAAGGAAAAGCACAGAGAAGAAUUUCCUGGCUGGGUUUAUCAACCUCGUCCAGGCAAGCGGAAGCGCUACCCAAUAAGUGCUUCCUCGGUGUUUUCCACCACCACGCAGAGUGUCAUCACUACAAACCCGACAACAAUUUACCCGUACCGCUCGCCUGCCUACUCUGUGGUCAUCCCCAACCUGCAGAGCACUAUAACUCAUCCAGUCAGUGACACUCCGCCUACCAUCCAGCUGCCCACGCUGCCCGCAUCUCCCGUCCAGCGUCUUAGCCCAAUUGCAAUCUUCCCGACCAGUGUUGCCAGUUCCGCUCCGGUGGCCAUCCCGGCUCCAAGCCUGCCCCUUCAUCCAUCUCUUACCCCCCCGCAGCACUUUGUCGGACCGCCUCAAACGGACAGUCACUGCCUGCUUUCGGGAGCCGGCCACCCAAUAAAUAGACCUACUCCGAUGGCUUUGGAGAAUACCAUCAUGAAUCUGGAAAGUACCGUCAUGAAUCCAAAUGGUAGCACCAAUACCAUCCAUGCCAGAUACACCCCCACCACCAUCCAGCCUCACGAAGAGUACCCUGGGAUUGCCACUUGCUCCCGAAGUACACCAGUCCCCCACCAAGCGUCACCCAUUCCACACCCGCAGGUCUAUCAGCCGCUGUUUGGGGCACCGGCUCGAUUCCCAUUUCAUCACCCUUACUUCUUGCCCGGGCCGCACUACUUUCCUUCCAGGGCUUAUGUUCCUGAAGAGCCUCGUAUUACCGAAAACUCGCAUCAUAGUACUCAUGACUUGUCCGGCUCCACGCUCAAGACCAUUUCUUCUGCACGCAUGGCGCUGUAUCCAGACACCUCCUGUCCUUACAGUCGCCCACCCUUUGGCUAUGGAAAUUUCCCAAGUUCAAUGCCCGAAUGCCUUGGCUAUUAUGAAGACCGGUACCAAAAGCAUGAAGCUAUGUUUUCUGCUUUAAAUAGAGACUAUCCCUUCAGAGACUAUCCGGAGGAACCAACGCACAAUGAAGAUUCUCGGAGUUGUGAGAGCCUGGAUGCACUCUCCUAUUACAACAGCUAUAGCUGUGGUGGGGAGGAGUGUUUUAACCCCAUUCAGCAGAUGGACAUUGGAGCCUUAGAAAAUGUGUUCACAGAAUCUGCAUCUCCACCCUCUAGUAUCCAGCAGGUCAAUGUGACCGACAGCGAUGAGGAGGAGGAAGAAAAAGUGCUCAGAGAUUUAUAAUUUUAAAUCAGAUGAUGAAUACAGAAAAUAAACAUUUCUAAAAAAC